CCGAGAAAUAUGUUUGGUCAAUCAUUUCACACGUAACCAAGAGAGCCAAAAAUGACACAAAAGAUUGAAUCAAAGAAUCUUGAUUCACAUCCUUCCACCACCGUAGAACCACCACAAACCAUCCAACACCUCCUAACAACCACCACAACAACCACCACAAAAAACCAUAAACUCACUCUCAUCCCACUAAUUUUCCUCAUAUACUUUGAAGUAGCUGGUGGUCCAUAUGGUGAAGAACCAGCAGUUAAAGCAGCUGGUCCAUUACUAGCAAUUCUUGGUUUCUUAAUCUUCCCAUUUAUUUGGAGUGUACCCGAAGCACUAAUCACAGCUGAAUUAUCAACAACUUUCCCUGGUAAUGGUGGUUUUGUUAUUUGGGCUGAUAAAGCUUUUGGAUCCUUUUGGGGUUCACUAAUGGGCACUUGGAAGUUCCUUACUGGCGUUAUAAACAUUGCUUCUUUUCCAGUUUUGUGUAUUAGUUAUUUAGAAAAGAUUUUUCCAGUUCUCUCUAGUGGGGUUCCAAGAAAAUUGGCAAUUCUUGGAUCAACUUUGUUUUUGUCACUUGUUAACUAUACUGGUUUGACAAUUGUUGGUUAUGUUGCUGUUGCACUUGGGGUUAUUUCUCUAGCACCUUUUAUUAUAAUGUCAUUGAUUGCUAUACCAAAGAUUCAUCCUCAUAGGUGGUUAAGUUUAGGCCAGAAGGGUGUGAAAAAAGAUUGGAACUUGUUCUUUAAUACCCUUUUUUGGAAUUUGAAUUUUUGGGAUAAUGUGAGUACUAUGGCAGGUGAAGUUGAGAAUCCAAAAAAGACUUUUCCUUUGGCACUUUUUUCUAGUGUGAUUUUUACUUGUUUGGGAUAUAUUAUUCCGCUUCUGGCAAUAACUGGCGCUGUUUCGGUUGACCAGAAUGAUUGGGACACGGGGUUUAUGGCGAAUGCCGCGGAGAUGAUUUCAGGGAAGUGGUUGAAAUUUUGGAUCGAAAUCGGUGCUGUUCUAUCAGCCAUUGGAUUAUUUGAAGCACAAUUGAGUAGUUCAGCAUUUCAACUUUUGGGCAUGGCUGAAAUUGCAUUUUUGCCUAAGUUUUUUGGACUAAGGUCAAAAUGGUUUAAUACACCAUGGGUUGGGAUAGUGUUGUCAACUGCAAUUUCAUUGGGAAUGUCUUAUAUGGAUUUUCAAGAUAUCAUUUCAUCAGCCAAUUUCUUGUAUAGUUUAGGUAUGCUUUUGGAAUUUGCAUCAUUUCUUUGGUUGAGGAGGAAAUUUCCAUUGAUCAAAAGGCCUUAUAGGGUGCCUAUGAGAUUGCCACUUUUGGUGGUUAUGUGUUUGAUUCCUUGUGGAUUUUUGGUUUUCAUCAUGGCUAUAGCAACCAAGCUUGUGUACUUGAUUAGUGGAUUGAUGACUAUUGGAGGGAUAGGAUGGUACUUUUUGAUGAAGUUUUGUAAGUCAAAGAAGUUGCUUAAGUUCAACAAUAAGGUUGAUGAUGAUAUUUAUGCUGAAUAGUCAAUAGGGAGGUAGUUUUUUGUUUUUACAAGUAAAGACACUUGUGAAGACUUGUCAUAGAUGUAACUUCAUAUAAUGGAAGAAUGUUGCUUUCUUUCUCAAAGAAUUGAAUACAAAAAUAUCCUUUGCUUUGCCUUA